AUGGUGAAUGUUUCUGGACAGGGUCUGGACAGUCUGAUACACCAACAGGAAUUCGUGGUGGAGAAGGACUGGGUGUUCGUGCUAAAGGCAGCAUUUGCAGUGGCAACCCCCGUUUUCUUUAUCUAUGUGAACUGCAUCAUGCUAUUUACCCUGUACAGCAAAGCCAGCUUCCGAGAGACCUCCCGCUACAUUCUCUUUGCCCACAUGCUGUUCAACGAUUCCAUUCUUCUGAUGUCCAGCGUGAUUCACUAUAUUCUCGCUACAGCAUUUCAGCAUAUAAUGAGGGCAGCGUGUAUUUUCCUUGUUAUAAUAACAGGUACCACCUUCAUAAACUCCCCUCUGAAUCUUGCAGUGAUGGCGCUUGAGCGCUAUAUAGCCAUUUGCCUCCCUUUGAGACACGCUGAAAUAACUACUCCUAAAAGAACUGGAGUGGUCAUCGGAGUCAUCUGGGUUUUGUCUUCACUAGAAUAUAUGAGUGACCUCUUGGCCGUGUUCAGCACACAACCCUCCAGUUUUUUUUUGUUGCCUGUGUAUUGCACACGUGAGAAGCUGUUCGGCCUGAAAUGGCAGCCAGUUAUGAGACAAGUAUUUGAUUGUUUAUUUUUUCUGUUUGUGUCUUGCAUUAUAACAUACACAUACGUUGCAAUAAUGGUGCAAGCCAGGUCUGCCAGCUCAGAUAAAGCGUCAGCGUCGAAGGCGCGCAACACUGUGCUGCUGCACGGCGUUCAACUGUUGCUGUGUCUCUCUUCUUUUCUGUACGGUGUUAUCGAAGUCCUGCUGGCGCGACUGGAUGGGUCUUCCUUCAUCUGCCUGCGAUAUAUUAGCUUUGUGGUGCUGAUCCUUUUUCCAAGGUGUUUGAGUCCUCUGAUAUACGGUCUAAGAGAUGAGAAGUUCAGGAAGCUUUUUAAAUAUUAUUUUACUUUUGCCUCAAGCAAAAUUAAACCCAUUGGAGACAACUAA